AUGGUAAGAGCUGAACUUCUGCAGCUUGUGAAACGGGCAGCUGUUACACCAAAAUAUGUAGUUGAUGAAAUUGCAAAGGAACACAAUCGUACCGUGCUGCGAUUGCCUCCAUAUCACUGCGAAUUGAAUCCAAUUGAACUGAUAUGGGCGCAAAUAAAAGGUGAAGUGGCCAGAAACAACACCACAUUUAAAAUGAAAGACCUUCAUCCACUAUUUCAACAAGCAGUGGAACAUGUUACUGCUGAAAAUUGGAAGAACGCAAUUCGCCAUGCUCAAAGUGAAGAGGAAAAAAUGUGGCAAAUUGACAUUUUAAUGGACAUCGUAGUGGAGCCAUUAGUAAUUCAUGUGGGAGAUGACUCGACAUCAACGGAGUCCGAAUCCGAGUGA